ACUCCCUCCAAAAGCAAUUCCUGUCUCGCUCGCUCCCAUACCAAGAAAUCUCGGCUUCCUCGCUCGCUCUGUGUCCGACAACAGGAAGCCUAUUACAUCAUCUUGUGCUUAGGGUUAUUCCGUCUCCACUGCAUACAAGCUGAUGUAACCGUGCAAACAAGAGGAGAGUCCCGUUCGCACUUCAGGCCUCCGCUUAGCGCCCUCCGCCUUCGCCCGAUCCCGGGGGUACAUACCGGCUGCAAGCACCCCCGCGGCUGUCUGUGAAGCUAGGUUAAUUCAGCAUCCACUGCACAUGAAUGAAAUUAGGCAGCAGGCCCCAACACGUAGUGGGAAUGAGUGUCGAAAUGAGUGUUGAUAUGUGACGACUGUGUUCCCUUUGGAGUAGUGGGCAGAAACACUUUGGAAACACUAUAUCGUCCAAAGGAGAGUUCUCAUUUGUCAGCCGUUUUGAUUGGUCUCAUCUUGCUCGUCAUUUAAUGUGGGUUGUUUACAACGUGCUUCAGCUUCACAAUGGGCAUACUGAACGAAUUCCGUAUUUCCAACUUUGGACUAAACCACAGCGAACCUCAAAGAUUUGUCACAUCUCAGUGGGGCCACCCCCGUCUCUACCUGUCCUGGAGGAUAUUCUGGGCUAUCUUCCAUACAUCCUGGUUGGUCAGUAGCAUGGUGUAUUCCACUAAAGUGACGUCAUCACCGCUAGGUGGCGCUGUGUGGUUCAUCUACCUCACCAACUGGACCUACCUCCUGCUGACCAUCAGUGCUAUCCUGGACGCAGUCAUCGUCGUGUUCGUCAGGAUCAACAGACAGGACAUUAUGAAAGGGUUCACGUCACACCUGACGUGGUACAUGAAGGUGUCCUGGCUCCUCAACAGUGUCGUCACUGAAGGGAGUUUACAGAUAAGCGCCCUCUACUGGAUCUUCAUAUUCAGAAAUCAAGAUUUGACCCUGCUGAGAUUCAUCCUCCACGGUAUGAACUCCAUUUACGUCAUGUGCAACCUCCUCAUCGUGAACAUGCCAGUUCGUGUGUAUCACGCGAUCUACCCCAUUAUCUGUGGCGUCAUCUACACAGUUUUCAGUAUCGUAUAUCACAUACUUGGAGGGACCAAUGAAAAGGGAGAACCGUAUAUCUACAAGAUUCUUGAUUGGUCCAAACUGAAGCGGACUCUACCUCUUGUGUUUCUGAGUACAUUUUUGGCUCUACCUUGUUUGCAUUUAGUUGUUUUCUUCAUUCACAAACUGAGGAUAUAUGCACGGUCAAAAUGUCUGAAACAAAACAUUGAGACAAAAAUUCUUGAUUCAUUGACUGAAAGGAGUGAUAGCGAGAGUGCAUGUCUCUGAUGAAGCAUAUUUCAACACUGACAAAGGCAAUGUGUCGAUCUCAGUAACAAAUCUUUGAAGAUCUCAGAACAGUUUUGGAUUUAAAGAAGAACUUUACAUCCCCAGGUACAAUGAUAAUUAAUACUUCACUGUAGCAAAAAAGCAAAACUUGAAAAGUGAAUUUUGCCAACAAAACGCAAACGUUGACAAAUGGACGCUCAACCAAUCAACGAAGCAAAAGAAAGACCAAAAACACAACUCUCCCACCGUAUAAAGUACAUCUCCGUUAAAUAAA